AUGGGAAAAGGGACCGAUAAGUUAUAUAUCACACACUCUGAAUGGGCGUCGGAGGAUGCAUUCUCUGCUAGCGCUGGAGCCGGCGUGGGCAGAGCAAAGCGAGGAGGAGUAGAUACGGCCUUCAAGCGCCUUCCCUUCAACUUCUGCUCCCUUUCACUACAGCCGUUUUCGCACCCGGUUUGCACCCCGUCGGGCACUAUCUUCGACCUCACCAACAUUCUCCCCUGGAUCAAGAAACACGGAACGAAUCCAGUUAAUGGCGCGCCUCUCAAAAGCUCCGAUCUCAUCAAGCUGCAUCUCGCGAAGAACGAGUCUAAUGAGUAUGUCGAUCCGGUCACAUACAAGGUUUUCACCGAUAACACGCACAUUGUCGCGCUACGGAACACGGGCAAUGUUUUCGCUUGGGAUACGGUCGAACGGUUGAACAUUAAGGGAAAGCUGUGGCGUGAUCUGGUUACGGACGAGGAAUUCACUCGCAAGGACAUCAUUACGUUGCAGGACCCGCAGAACGUCGAGUCGCGGAACUUGAGCUCGUUCAACUAUCUCAAGGAAGGCGAAAGUGGAUUGACGGACGAGCAGAUCCGGGAACGGGAGGAUCCUUCGAACAAUGUGAACGUCAACGCGCUGGGCAGUUCGGCCAAGAUCCUGAAGGCCAAGGAAGCCGUGGCCAAGGCACGCGCGGAAAGAUCGCAACGUGUUGGUUCUGCGGCCACUUCGAAAGAUUUGGCUAAAUCUGGAAGUGCGGGAAAUGCGGCGCAAUCUCAAAAGACGGCGUCGUUUCAAUCUGGCAAGGCUGUGCCGUAUAAUGCGGCCAAACACACUACUGGUUUGGCCGCCGCCUCACUCACCAGUACGGGGAUGACGCCCCACACCUCUGCCGAGCUUGCGCUUUUGUCCGACGAGGAGUACAUGUUGAAGAGAGGGCGAGUGAAGCAAAAGGGCUACGCUCGUAUCUCCACCAACGUCGGGGAUGUAAAUUUGGAAUUACAUACGGAAUACGCACCGAAGGCCGUGUGGAACUUCAUCAAGCUGGCAAAGAAGGGCUACUAUAGAGAUGUCGCUUUCCAUCGCAACAUCAAGGGGUUCAUGAUUCAGGGUGGUGAUCCCACUGGUACCGGAAGGGGUGGUGAAAGUAUCUGGGGGAAGUACUUCAAUGACGAGUUCGAAGGUCCACUGAAGCACGACUCCCGGGGUACCCUCAGUAUGGCCAACAAGGGCAAGAACACGAACAGCAGUCAAUUCUUCAUUGCUUAUCGUGCCUUGCCCCAUCUCGACAACAAGCACACUAUCUUCGGUCAUGUCAUUGAUGACCCCACGCCCUCCUCCACGACCUUGAACAACCUUGAAGUGCACCCGACAAAUCCGACUACUAACCGACCUACUCCGGACAUCCGCAUUACCGACGUGACGGUGUUUGUGGAUCCGUUUGAAGAGUUCUUGAAGCAGAAACAAACCGAGGAGGCCAAGGCGAAGGGCCUGAUUACUAACCCCGAGGAAGAAGAGCAGAAUGCGCGUCGCGCCGAAGACGACCGGAUGACCUGGACGGGCAAAAGAGUCCGUGGCGCAGGAAGCGGAGAGAAAGACGAAGGCUCUGGCGGGGUCGGCAAGUACCUGAAAGCCGCGCUGGCCGAGAGGGCUGGGCAGGAGGAGGAUGAGAUUGUGGAAUUUGUAGAUGAUGAGCCCGAACCCGAGCCGAUGCGAAAGAAAUUCAAGGGUGGAGGUGGGUUUGGGGAUUUCAGUUCAUGGGAUUAG